AAAGACAGACUAAUUUCUCUAAUAACACAAAAUCACCUACACUACUCACUUUACUUAGAAAUGAUGUCAACAACAUCAUGACAAAAUUUCAACAACUCGACUCCAAGCUAGAUAAAAUUCUCAACACUCUCAUUACUCAAAUACCAAGUUCAAAAACUUCUACUCACACACAAUUUGAUGAUACAACUGUCUCACAUAAUCAUAACGACAACAUCAAUGACAUGUUCAUGCAGAAUGACGAACUCAUUGAUAAUACCAUCAAUACUCCUCACAAAACUCUUCAUUUUGAUAAGCUCAUCAAUUAA